AUGUCGGCGCUAUCUCCCCAGCUGGUCCGCAGCGAAUCCCCGACCGACAUGGGGUUUCCAAACUCAAAAUUCUCAGAUCCCUAUCUUUCCGCUCCGUUGGACCCUGAGCAAGAUGUUUUCGAAUCUUCCGGCAUCAGAUUGACCCCAGAGCCGGGCCAGCAGGACCAGCGUGAGGUCUCGGCCUCUCCUUACAAUCACCACCCGAACAGCGAUUCCGCGCAGGGUGCUGAAACAGCUUCGUUUCAUACGACAGACUACACGACCUCCUAUUCGGAUUUUUUGAGUCCCGUCGAGGACUUUUCGAGUGACCUGAGUGCCCAUGCAUCGCCAAACGGCGAUAAUCCACCGGGAAGUAUUAAUAUGGAAUUGCACUCAUAUCUCAACGCAUGGCCACAUAAUAUGAAUGCAUCCUACAUGGCUGUACCUGAUGAGUCUCGAUCCGUGGAGUCGGAAUCGGUGGCCCUCUCUCAGCCAACCAUGGUCACCUCCCAGCUCCUAACCCCGGACCGGACCAACCACCCGAGUCCUGCGUCCGACUUGACCAAUCAAAGAAACAAUGAAUCCCAAUCGCAUGCGGGGCAGAUGCUUACCAUAGUCACGGCUCCCUUGAACAACAGCCUGAAUGUCCAUCCUUCGUCAGAUGCUGCCAGAGCAAGAAGCCCAAUUGUUAUGAUCGAAAGCUACUCGCGCGGUGAUUCCCCAGUCAGAGAGACAUUUUCCAUCGGACGGCGGCCGAGCCAGUCUUCCACACACCUUUCGCCCGGCGGAGAAUCAGAGGAUGGGAAUCAAAAUGCCUCAUGGCAGACUUCUCAACAAGCGAUCGCACGCGCGCACGAUGGCUCCUGGCUUCCCGAUGGCGCUACUGGCCAGGCCGGUGUCGCCCCUACAUCACGCGAUGACACAUAUAUCCUCAGUCCCAAUGAAGUAGAAUCACAGCGACGGCUUGAAGAGAAGAACGCGGAUAUCCGGUCAUGGUCGGCUACGGUAAGCGUCGCCAAUAGCGAAAAUGGAGACGACAGCCCUCCUACCCGCGGCCGCAAAGUACCAGCUGGCACACGACGCAGGGCGAGGAGCGCCGGAGACCCAGCGCCACAACAGGACUACUUCAACCUGCAAUUGGGAACUUACGGGCCGGCCAUUCCUGGACCCGGUGCUUUGAUCCAUGAGAGCAGCGACGAGGAGCUCAGUGGCAAUGGCUCUGAGGCCGAAGCAAGCGAUUCGGGAUCGCUCGCAGCCAGUGUCAAUGAAGUGAGAUGGACUCAAGAAGAUCUUGCGGUUUCGCCCAAGCAGGACCAGCCCAACCCCGCGGACGGAGAGCCGGCACCACAUCAAUUUCUGGCAACUCGCCCAUGGCAGGACCCGGUUCACGACGCUACUCCCAGAUCAAUUCAGAUGCAGCCAUCAACCGCCAGCGCCGCUAUGGUGGAAUACCAACGACGCGCUCGAGAAAUAGAUGCCGUGUCACGUUAUGCAACCUGGGGUACGCGGCCUAUGAGUGAAGUGGAAGUGAAUAGUAUCAUUGGUGCGGGGGGUUCAUUUGCCAACUUGUCUAUCAGCCAGGACUCGAGCAAGAAACACGCAAGGCGGAGUAGCCUAAGGAAGUUCUUCCCACGAAAAACAUCAAUCAGUGCAUUAAAGAGACCGCUGUCAGACUUGUCCCUAAUCCAGCCUAACGUUCAAACCCCCACCAAGGACAAUGAGGUCAAAGGCCUGCCUUCCAGAAAGGAUAGUUUCCCGCACCGGAAACUCAGCCUUGGGCGAAGCCCAAAGUCUCCCGGCCUUAGUACAGGUGGUGCCGUCAUUGCGAUUGCCGGCCAGAUGGCGGCCAUUGGAGGCAGAGACUCCCUGAGCGCCGUCUCCCCACAAUCAACGUCUAAUCCGUGGAACAAGUUUGGCCGGACGCGCAGUCGGAGUGAAAUAUCGCGGUGUCCUGCACCGGGUCUGAUAGACUUGAUGACCAGUCACGGAGGCCCGCCAGUUCCCACCAUUGGCUACUCACGAACCUUGACGACUGACAAUCAUGGUCUCCAGCAGGCGGCGUCAGGCCAACCUGUUGAAACGGGAGAUGACGGCGAGGAAGACGACGAUAUGCCCGAGGAGAAAGGGUUGGUGAUGGACUUUCCGGUUCUCGCCCGUCUACCUGUGCCUACAAUGGAAGGGUUCAAGGCCCAGAUCACACAGCUGAAUCCUCGUCUGGAUCCUGCACUGAUCGACCGUCUCGCGAACGAGCAGGUUCGCAGAUACAAGAAGUUGGUUGAGCAUAAAAUGAACCAUACUCAUGCCGUCAGCAAGAAAACCUGCUCGGCGGGUAAAUUCUGCUUCGCACAGGGAGGUGAAGCCGUGAUACUGGCCGCGCGCGCUGGAGCCCAUGACUCCGAAGGUGCACAUACCCAGUUCCAGAUCACCCGGCACGGCGGACCGAAUGAUGAACCUCCCGCGCUUGGAGAGAAUGCUGUAACAGCGGCGCAGUUUCCUCCAGGCGUCCCAUUACCGCCUGUGAAGCGACUUCCGGCCGAAUUCGAGUGCCCCAUAUGUUUCAAGGUGAAAAAGUUCCAGAAGCCCUCCGACUGGACGAAGCAUGUCCACGAAGAUGUGCAGCCGUUUACUUGCACAUUCCCGCACUGUAACGAGCCCAAGUCGUUCAAGCGAAAGGCGGACUGGGUCAGACAUGAGAGCGAACGGCACAGGAAACUUGAAUGGUGGACUUGCACCGUUCCUGAUUGCCAUCACACAUGUUACCGCAAGGACAAUUUCGUACAGCAUCUCGUCCGAGAGCAUAAGAUGCCCGAGCCCAAGAUCAAGAAGACGAAGACGAAAGGCGUGGGCGCCAGCAACCGACAGGACCCGGUCGCAUUUGGAGCACACGAAGAAGAAAGCAGUCGUGAGCGAGAAGUUGAGCAGUUGUGGGAGCUCGUGGAACAGUGUCGUCAUGAUACCUCCAAGGGACCGCGGGAGGAACCCUGCCGCUUCUGCGGUAACGUCUGCAGCAGCUGGAAAAAACUCACCGUUCAUCUGGCCAAGCACAUGGAGCAGAUUGCCAUGCCUGUUCUGGCGCUAGUGCAAGAACGACAUUUGUCUUCCCACGUAGAUGCUGGCGGCGUUGCCCCAAAAGCAGUCAGUUACCCUGGCCCGGCCGCGCACGAAGCCACCACCUUUUCACCUGAUCUGAAUAGCAUCAAAGUCGAAUCGGACGCGCCAAUGAACUUUGAAGCCGGAGGUUCCGAGCCCCCUGCUGGAUUUUUGAAUCCCACUUACCCACCGACCUCCACAACCCUGCAUCAAGGGUUUCUAUCGGCUGAACCAGAGUCAUUGAACGCGUACGCUGCAUACGGAUCCCAGGCGGAUCUCGCGGGGCAACAUUUCGUGCCUGUUCAUCAGAACUCUGUCACCUACCCGCCCCUGCUGAACGUCGGGCCGCGACCCAGAAUGACGACUCAGGAGCUGAGUGUGUUGCGGAAUCCGUAUCAGCUGUGCACCUCACCCACGGAGAUGCACGCGACGUAUGAUCCUCAGGGCACACUGCAUAUGUCACCCCCUCCGGUGGAGAACGACCAGGCCUACCAGGGCCAGAUCACGCAAGCCACAUCGUAUUCAUACGAUGGCUCCGUGGGUUAUUCCCAGCAAUUUUAA